AUGUCUCAUGCUCGAUCGCCGUCACAAUCGGCACCAUACUGGGGCGAGCUCCCCCCGCCCAGGCUCCACCAGCACGACCAGCCGUCGUCGCUUGAUACUGCUGCUCCUCGACCCAAACGCGGCUCUGUGCAGACCGCUAUAAGUGCUGAUCUCACCGAGUCUACACAGAGUCCAUAUGCCACACCCACGCGCUCAAGUUUUGGCGGCGCCUACGGUCUAGCUCCCAGGCCCCCCUCGCACCCUUAUGGAGCUGACCAAUACCCAGUUGAACCCGCCGAGAAACGCCAGCGCCGUGGGAGUCGACAGCAGGAACUAGACGGGCAAACUCCUGCCGACAGCGUUGAAUCUUCUCCCAAUCCUCCAUCCGCCUUCUCCCCAACAUCCAGAUCCGGAACAAUGCCUUCUUCGCCUGGUGCCUCCGCAAUCCUCAACCCUGGCCCUGCGCGCCACAGAGGACCGCCUAACCAACCGGGAAUGGAACCGGAGGAUUCCCGCGCACCAAACACUGUUCCCAGUCGUCACCAGAGCCAACGAAAUGGUUCAUAUGACUCUACCGCAACAUCAACAUCUCGCCCAGGACCGAAUGCCAGCGUUGAUGCCAAUGUUGGUGGGCAUAGGAAAAAGUUUGCAAAUGAUCGUUCGCCGCUACAGAAGCUUGAGCUGACGCUCGACAGCAUCACAAAGGAGGAGAAACGUGCCCGCGUGGCAGCUGCCGAGGAGCGCGCCCGGCAGAGGGCCCUGGGGGCUGCCGCUGAGGUUACCGGCCCUGACCAUCAGCAGCGCAGCGCUGCUGAGCCUCAGGGGCGUCAGGUGCAGCAAGAAACCAUAGCGAUGCACAGGGGCCCUCUUACCCAGAACCCACCCGAGGAUGGUCCUUUGCCUGAGCCUAGAGUGCCGGCUCUGCCGCCAGCAGGGCAUGGCGCUUCGGACAUUCCGAAGCGCAACCUCAGCUUCCGAGAGCGUACGGCGAAUCGUAAUGAUUUGAAUCUGCCCGGAGUAGAUGAAAGGCCACCUGUGAUACCGCCCAAAAUUCCAAUCGUCAGGAGCGGUAGCAACAAGCUCCGAAAGCAACCUCCUGGCGAGCGGCACCAACGGAAAACAUCAAUGUCUCAGACACCAGGUGGCAACCGGGAAGAGCCCAGGUUCGUGCCACAAAGAGGCCCAUCUGUGCGUAUUGAUGCGCCGCCUAGCCCUCCAGACUACUCGACUGCAGCUGGUCCUCGGCCAGGGCAAAAGGUGUCAGCCCAUCCUUCGGACGGUAACGUGUCCCCGCCCAACAACAAAGCUUUGCCACCGAGCGGCCCUCCACAACGAACUCAUUCAGGCAAGUUGGUCAAGGCGCCAAGCCUGAGAAAUAAAGCUCAUCGGGAAGGCGAAGUGGGCCAGUAUACUCCUCCUGGUCCAGGAAAUGGUGUUUUCGGCAGAGAACAGGCACCGGUAACUAAGGGCCCUAUUGCUUUUGCAGGCACUUUGGGUCCCCCAGCUGCCAUAACCGCGACUAGACCGGCGACUACUCAGGUACACGCUUCAGAUGACGAUAGCGACGACGACGACAGCGAUGAUGAGUCUGUUUCAAGUGAGGAGGGUCAUUUUGCGAGACUGCCAUUUGUCAAUCGGGACAGCUUCAGGCCAGGACAGGGACUCUUCCAAAAGACAACGUAUCUUGACGAGUGGACCAAAGCAACGAUUGGUACACUCUCUGGGGAGUUGUUGGACCUCGAUAGUGUUAAGGAGAAAUCGACAGACAAGAGCCAGGCCUGGUGGGAGACUCCACCAUCCAAGCGACGGGGUUCGACGUCGUCGCGCCCCAGGAAGGCGGAGGCCUUCGACGGUGAAUAUGAUGAGACUAACGACUCGCGCGACGAGGACAAGGCUUGCUGUGAAAGGCCGACCACGUCGCUGGAGUGGCGUCGGGUCAAGACAAAGACUUAUGCACUGACUCGACCCACCGUCCUGUUUGUACUCACAGCCCCGACGAGAUUCAAACCACCCCUCUACCUCAAAUGCGGCCCUCUGCUUCGGUACAGUGGCAUUCGCAUCGAGCGUGGGACGUCCCGGACCGCGCGGGCCGUCCCGGCGCCGGACAGGGAAAUUUGGCGGGGAAGCAUCCUGAUUGUAACCCGUGACGAAGAAUCCUCCUACGAGAUCGCACCGACACUGCGUCUAUUUGCUCAGCCGAUCGAACUCCUGCCCCCACCACCUGAAAUGGUGAGCGACGAGCAAGGUCUCGCACCCGAGCAUGUUGAUCCCAUCGCCGGCCACCCAAAGCUUGGCAGGAGAGGUGAGACGCUCUAUGUGCGUCCGAUUUAUCACCUGGAGGAAGCGAAAGAUCUCUCGAGGGACGAGACAGAUAAUGGUCUGUUUGAAAAGAUCCGGAGUCCGCCCGACUACCCGCUGGAGGAUGGACUUACGGAACCUCAUGGUUCGUUUGCAGCUCGCAGGCAACGAGCGAAGUUGGACGGUGAAAAGUUGGACAGGUACAAGGAUGUACGUGGCUUUCGGUUGCACGCCGAAAGGGGCUGCACUUUCUGGCGCUUCAACAUCGAGGUCGAGCUCAAAGAGCGCGAGCAGCGGAUCGCAUACCGCAUAAACCGCGGCCCAUCGACGGGCUUCUGGGUUCCGGCAAGGGGCCAGUCGAUGAACAUCAUGUUUCACAGCUGCAACGGAUUCAGCGCGACUGUGAACCCGAAUGACUUGAGCGGGCCGGACCCGAUGUGGCGUGAUGUACUGAACACGCACCAGGCGCGUCCUUUCCACGUCAUGGUGGGUGGUGGCGACCAGCUCUACAUGGACGCCGUGAUGCGUGAGACAAAGAUAUUCAAGGAGUGGACCGACAUGCGUAACCCGAUGCAUAAGCACAAUGCUCCCUUCACACCACAGCUGCAGGACGAACUUGAGGCCUAUUUCUUGGAGCGAUACAGCAUGUGGUUCUCUCAGGGCUUGUUCGGCAUGGCGAGCUCCCAGAUUCCCAUGGUGAACAUUUGGGAUGACCAUGACAUUAUUGACGGUUUCGGUUCGUACCCUCAUCACUUCAUGUCAACACCUGUGUUCUCCGGACUUGGCAACGUUGCAUUCAAGUAUUACAUGCUAUUCCAGCACCAGAGCGUUCCUGAUGAGACUGAGGCCGUCGAACCGAGCUGGGCGUUGGGUACCAAGCCCGGACCUUAUAUUGCCGAGCAGAGUCGGAGCGUCUACAUGUCCCUAGGCGGAGAUGUGGCCCUUUUAGGCGUCGAUUGCCGAACGGAGCGAACCCACGACGAAGUCAUGAGUGACGAGUCGUGGCAGAAGCUCAUGGAUCGGUGUUACGAUGAGAUAGUUAAGGGACGAACAAAGCACCUGCUUGUGCUGCUUGGAGUGCCGAUCGCAUACCCUAGACUUGUCUGGCUGGAGAACAUCUUGACGUCGCGACUCUUCGAACCCGUCAAGGCCUUGGCGAAGAUGGGUCUGAUGGGUGGACUUUUGAACAGAUUCGAUGGCGGCGUCGAAGUGCUUGACGAUCUCGAUGACCACUGGACAGCAAAGCACCACAAGAAAGAACGCAAAAUCAUAAUGGAAGAUCUUCAAGAUCUCGCCGCUGACCGCAGUGUCCGCGUGACCAUUCUCUCGGGUGACGUACAUCUUGCGGCGGUUGGUCAGUUUUACUCGGAUCCAAAGCUCGGCAUUGCGAAACACAAGGACUUUCGUUACAUGCCCAACAUCAUCUCGAGCGCUAUCGUCAACACCCCGCCACCGGAUAUGCUGGCUGAUGUGCUGAACAAGCGCAAUAAAGUGCAUAUUCUGGACAAUGAAGAUGGCGAGAAGAAGCAGACAUGGGAAGACAUGAUCCCGUUGUUCAGUCAUGGCGUGGACGGCAAGCCCAGAAACAACAAGCGCCUUCUUCCCCACAGAAACUGGUGCGCCAUUCGGCACUAUGUGCCGGGGGACACGCCGCCGCCAUCGCCUGGGAUCGAGGAAUGGGUGGACCCCAUGGGAACGCCGCCCAAGGGCGGAAUCAUGCGGCGGUUAUCCAAGAAGCGUCCCGCGGAGGUAUCACGUCCACCCGUCUCGGGUCCAGGUGGGCUUUUUCGAACGUUUUCGCGCGGAGAGCGUGCUUCGGCCGACGAUGUCGGUCCUCCGCCUCGGCCACAGGGGCCAACCCGAACUUUGUCUCUUACUCGAGGCGAUUUCCCGUCUGAAAAGCCUUCCGGUGGCGGGAUAGGAGGGCUCUUGCGCAGGCUUAGUGGCAGGGGGAGGAAGCCUGCGGUCGACAAAGGCAAAAUGGCCGAUGAUGGUGGCAUCAACGGGCAGUGGGGGGGCUACGCCAGUGAUGAGGAUGAUGAAGCCAGCAACGUGCCCCCCGCCGCCGCGAAGAGGCUUGGAUUAAGGGGCGGAGGCGCAACUGGAAGAAGUCGCGACUACGACGUAGGCAGCAGUUCGGACGAGUAUUACGUGGGGGACGAGUCGUACUUUACUGCACAGCCAGUGCACCGAGACACGCGCCCGCAGCCACCGGUGGAACCUCCAGUCCAGGACUUCCAGCCGAAACCACUACACCGCACACCAACAUCCAUGACAGCCAAGCAACGUAAACAGGGUGGCAGUCUCGAUGUUAACCUCGAAGAUGCUCUUCUGGUCACUCUGAACGUGGAGGUUAAUGCCAAGGAUCCUGCGGGGAUAACGACCCCCUAUCGUCUUCUUGUCCCGAGGCUCUUCUAUGAGUAUUCGGACGACCCUCCAGAAGAACCUAUUCCAGAGCCAAGUGGGAUCAAGCGAUUGUUGUCUUUGAAAAGAAACAAGUCGGAUCCCGUAAGAACCGGCGGUGGUGGAUUAGAAAUGAUGGGUGCACGAGGACCUCCUCCCGCAGUCUGA